UUUCCAGAGUGCCCAUCUUCCCAGCCCGGGCAAAACCCGGAGAAGUGGAAUUCCUCGCCCGGAGUGCUCGGGCGACCACUGGGCAUGCUCCGUUGUCAGGCAGGUUCGGGUCUUGAAGCAGCUUUUGCGCUUCACAGAUUCCUGCUGCCGCCGCGCGUCCUCCUCCCGAUCAGCGAGCGGGCGCAUGAUGGCGGCGGCAGCAGCGGCUGAGGGGAGCGCCAGCGGCGGCGGCAGCAGCGGAGGCGGCGGCAGCAGCAGCAGCGACACGUCCAGCACCGGCGAGGAGGAGCGAAUGCGGCGCCUCUUCCAGACGUGCGACGGGGACGGGGACGGCUACAUCAGCAGAAAUGACUUGCUGAUGGUCUGUCGCCAGUUGAAUAUGGAAGAGUCUGUGGCUGAGAUCAUGAACCAACUGGGUGCAGACGAAAAUGGGAAGAUUUCCUUUCAGGAUUUUACCAGAUGUCGCAUGCAGCUCGUUCGAGAAAUUAGGAAGGAAGAAGUAGACCUUUCUGUAAAAUCAGACAAUUCCUGUAAAAAGCAGCAGCUGAGGGAUAGAAUUGCUUCCUGGCCCACGAGCAGUGACAACAGUUUGGGUGCCUUAUCAGCAGCCAGGGAGAGCUGGGAAUAUGAUUCUGGUGCCAGGGACCUCCAGAGCCCAGACUUGCAGAGUCAGUCGGCCCUACAGAAGCUGCUCGAGUACAGCAGAAGCUCUUUGCAUCAGCAGGCUGCUCUCCACAAACCGUUGACACAGUCCCCUCAUUUUGGCAACUCUGUAGGAGGAAACUAUCUCGAGCUGGCCAACACGCUCCAUUUGGCAGCCCUGGCAUCACUCAAGGGAGAUAUAGUGGAGCUUAAUAAACGCCUGCAGCAAACAGAGCGGGAACGGGAUCUUCUAGAAAAGAAAUUGGCCAAGGCACAGUGUGAGCAGUCGCACCUCAUGAGAGAGCAUGAGGAUGUCCAGGAGCGAACCACGCUGCGGUAUGAGGAACGCAUCACAGAACUCCACAGCAUCAUUGCUGAGCUCAAUAAGAAGAUAGACCGCUUGCAAGGCACCACCAUCAGGGAGGAAGAUGAAUACUCAGAACUGCGAUCUGAGCUCAGCCAGAGUCAACACGAAGUCAACGAGGACUCUCGAAGCAUGGACCAAGACCAGACCUCUGUCUCCAUCCCUGAAAACCAGUCCACCAUGGUCACUGCUGACAUGGAUAACUGCAGUGACCUGAACUCAGAACUGCAGAGGGUGCUGACGGGGCUGGAGAGUGUUGUCUGCGGCAGGAAGAAGAGCAGCUGCAGCCUCUCCGUGGCUGAGGUGGACAGACACAUCGAGCAGCUCACCACGGCCAGCGAGCACUGUGACUUGGCUAUUAAGACAGUUGAAGAGAUUGAGGGGGUGCUUGGCCGCGACCUGUACCCCAACCUGACUGAAGAGCGGUCCCGGUGGGAGAAGGAGCUGGCUGGACUGAGGGAAGAGAACGAGAGCCUGACUGCCAUGCUGUGCAGCAAAGAGGAGGAGCUGAACCGGACCAAGGCCACCAUGAAUGCCAUCCGGGAGGAGCGCGACCGGCUCCGGAGGAGGGUUCGAGAGCUUCAAACCAGACUGCAGAGCGUUCAGGCCGCGGGUCCCUCCAGUCCUGGCCGCCUCACUUCUGCCAACCGCCCAAUUAACCCCAGCACUGGAGAGCUGAGCACCAGCAGCAGCAGCAAUGACAUUCCAAUCGCCAAGAUCGCUGAGAGGGUGAAGCUGUCAAAGACAAGAUCUGAGUCCUCGUCAUCAGAUCGGCCAGUCCUGGGUUCGGAAAUCAGCAGCAUAGGGGUAUCGAGCAGUGUGGCGGAACACCUGGCCCACUCACUUCAGGACUGCUCCAACAUCCAAGAGAUUUUCCAGACGCUGUACUCACAUGGAUCUGCCAUCUCUGAAAGCAAGAUUAGAGAGUUUGAGGUGGAAACAGAACGGUUGAAUAGUCGAAUUGAACACCUCAAAUCCCAGAAUGACCUCCUGACCAUAACCCUGGAGGAAUGCAAAAGCAACGCGGAGAGGAUGAGCAUGCUGGUGGGGAAGUACGAGUCCAACGCCACAGCGCUGAGGCUGGCCUUGCAGUACAGUGAGCAGUGCAUAGAAGCCUAUGAACUCCUCCUGGCACUGGCAGAGAGUGAGCAGAGCCUCAUCCUGGGGCAGUUCCGAGCAGCCGGUGUGGGCUCCUCCCCCGGUGACCAGUCAGGGGAUGAAAACAUCACUCAGAUGCUCAAACGAGCCCACGACUGCAGGAAGACAGCCGAGAAUGCUGCCAAGGCCCUGCUCAUGAAGCUGGACGGCAGCUGUGGGGGAGCCUUUGCCGUGGCCGGCUGUAGCGUGCAGCCGUGGGAGAGCCUGUCAUCCAACAGCCACACCAGCACAACCAGUUCCACGGCCAGUAGCUGCGACACCGAGUUCACUAAAGAAGAUGAACAAAGGCUGAAGGAUUAUAUCCAGCAGCUCAAGAACGACAGGGCUGCGGUCAAGCUGACCAUGUUAGAGCUGGAGAGCAUCCACAUCGAUCCGCUCAGCUACGAUGUCAAGCCCCGGGGGGACAGCCAGAGGCUGGACCUGGAGAAUGCUGUGCUGAUGCAGGAGCUGAUGGCCAUGAAGGAGGAGAUGGCCGAGCUGAAGGCACAACUGUACCUACUGGAGAAAGAGAAGAAGGCCUUGGAGCUGAAGCUGAGCACGCGCGAGGCACAGGAGCAGGCCUACCUGGUGCACAUAGAGCACCUCAAGUCCGAAGUGGAGGAGCAGAAGGAACAGCGGAUGCGGUCCCUUAGCUCCACCAGCAGCAGCAGCAAGGACAAACCCAGCAAGGAAUGUGCUGAUGCUGCCUCCCCAGCGCUGUCACUGGCUGAAUUAAGGACAACAUGCACUGAGAGUGAGCUGGCUGCAGAGUUCGCCAACGCCAUCCGUAGAGAAAAGAAACUGAAGGCCAGAGUUCAAGAGCUGGUGAGCGCCUUGGAAAGACUGACCAAGAGCAGUGAAAUUCGACAUCAGCAGUCAGCAGAGUUUGUUAAUGACCUAAAGCGGGCCAACAGCAACCUGGUGGCUGCCUAUGAGAAAGCAAAGAAGAAGCAUCAAAACAAGCUGAAGAAGUUGGAGUCUCAGAUGAUGGCCAUGGUGGAGAGGCAUGAGACCCAAGUGAGGAUGCUCAAGCAACGAAUAGCUCUGCUGGAGGAGGAGAACUCCAGGCCACACACCAACGAAACUUCGCUUUAAUGGGCACUCAGGCACCACAGUUCUGCCCGACGGGCAAAAUUCUAGCAGGCUACUGAACCUGCUGGGAGGAGGAAAGGGAAGGUUCCAGGGAGGUCAGCGCUUGAAGGAGGGAGUGCCUCGUACUCAGACCCUGGGGUGAGUGGCCUUGCUGACACCAAGACUGUCUCCACAGGAUCCUGCUCCUCCUCUUGGGGCACGGACAGUGUGUCAGCACAGGCUCUGCACUGUGCUCGGCAGGCUCUUGCUUCUACUUUCAGCACUCACUUUCUCGCUCCCCCACCUUUUCUGUGCAUCAGUGAGAUCCCAAGCAGUUGUGUUAAGAUUUUCCUUGUGUUAAGAUUAACCUUUUUUUCCUCUUUUUUGUAGACAGAGGGCUCAUUUUCUGGCACCCCCAAUUUCUCUUCUUUCCUCCUUUAGGGGAAAUCUCUGACAUCGACUAUACGUAUCCAACAUCUAAAAACUGCUGACUGCAACAAGGCUUUGUUGUCCAAGUCCAAGUCCAAGUUAAAGGUUGUCUCAGAGGUGCCACUGGGAGUUUCAGGCCACAGAAGAUGGCACAUAGGUGUCACAGUCCUAGAUACACUGAAGUUCCAAGUAGAGCAAAACCAAGGCUGUGCCUCAACAGUUUUAUAUUAGAAGAAUCUAAAAACAUCCUUCCCCUGUAAUCAUGGUGGCAAGGCUGAAAAGGAUUCUGAUGUUUUCCCUCCCAGUGGACCCUUCUUUAAUAGCCAAGACUGAAUAAGGGCUGAGAAUCAUGGACGAUGUAGUGGAAUUAAAAUUUCUAUCAGGUCUCUUCAAGAGCAGAGAAGUGGUAUUAGAACUUCUUCCCAGCUGCAGGGCACUACAUAAUUGCUGUUCUCCUGAAUCAAAAUAAAUCCCCAUGAGUACAUUUGUAGCUCUGGACUGAGGCUGUGCAUUGCCAGACACCAAGAAGAUACUGAAUGUUUUGCAAAACUGUUCCCACUGUCUAAGAGAAUGCUAGUAAACCCCAAUUCAACACUUACCUCCUGCUGUCAUGACUGCAGGAUGAGGUGAGGAACAGUUGUACACUUUACCCCCCGACACACACACACCCCAAAAUAUAUGGCGAUGACCAGCACAUGGUGCUUAAAAGGUUCCAAGUACCUCAAUUCUUUCGGGGGGGGGGGUGUCUUCCAUCUUAAAUUUAUCAUCCCUUUUCUACUGUAGCCUUCACUAUUUUACCCCUUCUGUUUUUCAGUUCUACACUGAUAAUUAAAGGACCAUUGCCUUUUUUUCCCUAGCCCCAGAGACCACAGCAAGACUCUUGUGAGAAAUGGGUUCUAAUGCCACAGUUAACUACCACUUAAGUUUUUGUGCUUAAUGAUCAAGUCACCAUAGUAGAAUCCUCCUCAUCCAUGAGCUACGGGUGGGUGUAUUUUCAGAGAGCAUGAUUCAAGUCCAUAGGCCUUCGGUGAAAUGGGAAAGCCACCAUCUAGAAGGACAGUAAUUUUGACUCUAAAAGUAACAACAAUGCUCAUUGAAGGGGAAGCCCCAUCAACUGGUAUGAGUCUGUAUCAGUUUUUGGGUGCUCGCCCAUUUCUAUCUACCCCUGAUUUAGUCAAGGUUUGUCCCUCUAAUUGGAAAAAAAAAUUUUUUUUUUCAUUCUUUGGACAAAGUUACAUUUUGCCAUGAGGAAAAUGUUCUGGCUGAAAACUAUGCAAAAGAAUAUAUAAGUUUUAUGGAUGAAAUAAGUUUUCAUUAUUUUUCCAGCUUACCUAGGGAAAUGUCCUAUACAGAGUAAACUGAGAUGUGCAUGGCUUUCUCUCUUGUGAUUAAACAGGCAUAAAAUGGACAGUUUUCAUUUUUACAAACACUGAAAAAAAAAUAUAUAGGGACCAGGAAUAACAUCCUGCCCACUGACCUCUGCCUCCAUUCUCCCUCCAGGUAAAAUCAGGGAACUCAGCAAACUCACCCCUUUAGGCCAUGUAAUUCCUCCAGACAGGAACGGCCUCAGCACUUCCUUCACGGGCCCCAUUAGAUCCCACUUAGCCUAAGUUUAUACUUCAACAUAAUAAAUAUAAGUGGGUGGACUUCCCAGGCAAAAUUAUCAACAGUUUUACAGACAUGCAGAAUAAAAAAAACUAUCUAAUAGUUGAUUUCCAUUCAGUAUAUUUUCCGAAUCCUCCCUAAGACAAUCUUAGUUG